AUCUGGACUGGACUCUUCUCGAGAAAUCCCAAAGUGGCUGCCGAUGUCUGGGAGGCAAAGUGUCUGGCACACCCGGAUCGGCUGGUUUUGUGGGGAGCUAAUGAGCCUGAUAACAUAGGGAGACAUCUUUGUGCCCGGUACAAACUGACGACUGGGAAGCUUCACACGAGGUCCUGUGGUGAUUCACUCAGUGUCGUCUGCGAGUUUGAUGCAGGUAAUUGCCAUUAUAGCACUGCCUCCGGCUUGGUGCCUAAGCUCCAAAGGAAUGAAAGCCUGAGUGGAACCACCAUGAACAGUUGUUGGGACCAGUGCAUGAAGUAUCCUCCCACGGCAACCGGACAAGAAUGUGUGGGGGCAGUCUAUAGCUCUGGGAAAUGCACAGGAUACGUGGGAGACACCUUAGUGUUUGCUUGGAGUUUGACGGGGGACUUAUCAGUAAUAACGAUGGCCAAAGAAUGUUUUGAUGUCAACGUCAACCGAUGCUACAACAGCUACACCUACGUCGAUAAAAGUAGCAAACCACGACCAGCAGGUGACCCCUGCAACCCCUUCAGACGUUCUAUCCUACUCGUAGUCCCCACGUCCACUUGUCGCCAGACGACAACAACAUCAACUCAGACACAACCGUCAGUGCUGACCACCAUUCUAGCGACGGGGGAACACUCGAGCGAGAAACUCCAGACUCAGGCAACAUGGCCGACGACGGAGAUUUCCACACAGGAAGUAAGUGAAACCAGUGCUACACCAACUGUGAGUGGCUCAACGAGUCUAGAGAGUUCCUUGCAAACCACAACAGAAAGGGCCGCAGAUAUUUCCCGUUCAGACGAAACGACUGCCGAGAACACGAGCAAUGAAAGGACAGAGGAGCUAACAACGGGCAUUGACCUCAGGAUUCGGAAACGUCCACUGUCUUUGACGAUGGAAGAAACGGUUCAUCGUCCGGAAAUGUCCUAUCGACAAGAGGUGGUCGGCGGCUAAUGUGCCCUUGCAUGAGAUUCAAUCCCAACGUCUCCUCAUGGCUACCCACCAUGCACCGCAACACCACGUCCAGGUACAGAAGAAGUCACACCUCCCAGUGGGCUCUCCCAGUGUGUACACCUCCACCUGCUCCGCCACCUUCGUCAUUGUCGUGGGCGUUGGUGGCUUCCUGUUUGUGGUGUGCGACAUCAACAGGUUUGCAGGUGUUUGUGGCAAAAACCCCGUACAACAGUCCAGACGCUGUCAUCGUCACAAACAUCGAUAAUGUUUCUUCAGGGCGAUGAUGACUGUACGUGCAUAUCCGUACACAACCUGCGAGAGGUCCUGACAUCAGCAGGUCAGGUGAUGUUUACCUGUUAGUCUCCCCCAGGGUCGUCAGGUGUAAGUGUGGUGUCUACUACAGGCUUCACACGAGGUCGACUGCCGAGCAAAUAUUGAUGACUAGAAAAGCUCGACCUAUGAGCACUGAAGUCUCCUUUACA